GCGGGGCCGUGCUCAGUGAGCGAGGAGGAGUCUGAGCUGAGAUCCGGAUCAAGAUCCCGGGGGCAGCCGCAGCAGCAGACAGCGAUCCCCUCAUUCCGGACAGACAGACACAGCCCUCCCUCCUGCACUAACCGAGGAGCACCUCACAGGAGGGCAGCCAGGAGGAACCAUUGAGCCAGAAACUAUGAGGCGUGUUGUGCGACAGAGCAAAUUCCGGCAUGUCUUCGGACAAGCGCUGAAGAACGAUCAAUGCUAUGAUGACAUUCGGGUUUCCCGUGUCACCUGGGACAGCUCAUUCUGUGCUGUGAAUACCAAGUUUGUUGCCAUAAUCAUUGAGGCAAGCGGUGGGGGUGCCUUCCUUGUUCUUCCCCUGCAGAAGACUGGGAGAAUUGACAAGUCUUAUCCAACAGUGUGUGGCCAUACAGGACCAGUGCUGGACAUUGACUGGUGUCCACAUAAUGACAAUGUUAUAGCCAGCGGCUCUGAAGACUGCACGGUCAUGGUAUGGCAGAUUCCAGAUGGUGGGCUGACUCUGCCACUCACAGAGCCUGUGGUGGUGUUGGAAGGGCAUUCCAAGAGGGUUGGCAUAGUAACGUGGCAUCCCACUGCUCGUAAUGUUCUACUCAGUGCAGGUUGUGAUAAUGUCGUCAUUAUUUGGAAUGUGGGCACCGGGGAGGCAUUGAUUACUCUGGACGAAAUGCAUUAUGACAUGAUCUUCAGUGUGUGCUGGAAUCGUAAUGGGAGCCUAAUCUGUACAGCCUCAAAAGACAAGAAGUUGCGUGUGAUCGACCCACGCAAGAUGGAAAUAGUAGCAGAAAAGGAUAAAGCUCACGAAGGGGCCAGGCCUAUGAGAGCAAUCUUUUUAUCAGAUGGGAAUGUGUUUACUACAGGGUUCAGUCGUAUGAGUGAGCGUCAACUAGCGCUAUGGAAUCCGAAAAAUAUGGAAGAGCCAAUUGCACUACAUGAAAUGGACACUAGCAAUGGAGUCUUGCUACCAUUCUAUGAUCCAGACACCAAUAUAAUUUACUUAUGUGGGAAGGGUGACAGCAGUAUUCGGUAUUUUGAAAUCACUGAUGAGUCCCCUUAUGUUCACUACCUCAGCACAUUCGUCAGCAAGGAACCACAAAGAGGGAUGGGUUACAUGCCAAAGCGAGGGCUAGAUGUCAACAAGUGCGAGAUUGCCAGGUUCUACAAACUACACGAGAGGAAAUGUGAGCCAAUCAUCAUGACUGUGCCCAGAAAGUCUGACCUCUUCCAAGAUGAUCUGUACCCAGACACCGCUGGACCCGAUGCUCCCAUUGAGGCCGAGGACUGGUUUGAUGGAAAGAAUGCCGACCCCAUCCUUAUAUCCUUGAAGCACGGAUACAUGCCCACCAAGAACCGAGACCUCAAUGUUGUCAAGAAGAACAUUCUGGGUAGCAAACCAGCAGCCCAGAAGAAGAGUGACUCAGCCAGCACCCCUAAGAAGGCUGCUGAAGUUUCCCAUCCUGCCAGUGACGGCAAGAUGGAUGAGGUGAUGAAGGAGCUGCGAUCAAUGAAAGACACCAUCAGGUCCCAAGAAGCGAGGAUCUUCAAAUUAGAGGAACUAAUCGCCAGUCUCACCAACAACGAUGAGUCAGAAGAAUGAAUUACCCACGCUCCUGGUUGAGCUGGAGGUGCCCACUGCCAGACCACAUUCCACUCAAUACUUCUCUUCGGGCCCAAGCGAUCAGCAUACCAACACAGACUAAACGUCACUCCCAGUUCAAAACAGAGACUUUACUCCUACCCCUUCAACCAGGUGCCUCCUCUUAAGAUACCGUUGUGUCAUUUCAGGAGUUUUGUAUGCUGCCAGUAACCUAACUCCUGAACUGUCACAAUCUCCUGAUUUUCCCAAUUCCUUAAGUGAGCCUCUUAUUCCAAAGGGGAGAGAAUAAAAAGCCUCUGGUUAAUAUCAACAAACUUUAAUUAAAAGCCAAGAUUUUUACCCUCGUUAUUCAAGUGUUACAUGAAAUAUGCCUGUUUCCAAGAUCAGUACAAUAUCUUUCUUUCUUUUUUUUUUUUUUUUUAAAUUUUAAAGUUUUUGUGUUUUACUUUUUUUUUUUUUUUUUCUCAGAGUAGGGAAGGGGGGUGGGGGGAUGUAAAGGAUGGACCAAUGCCACAAUCUAUUAUUUUUUGCCAAAAAGACCUUGUGAGGUUGCAAUAUUGGGACCAUGCAUCAUAUAGUAUUUUUAUUUUUAAUGUAAAAGAGCAAGCACUGUGUUACAUUGUCUGGAAUCGCAAGAAAAUAAUUACCCAUAAAAGCUUCAUGAGUUUUAUAUAAAUCUUUUUGCUAUUAUUGUGCACAAGCGUUUCUUUUGGCCUGAGCGCUCUAGUGGGAAGCAAAGGUGGGAGAGACAAGUUCCUGGUGAAAUGCACCUUUUUAUAUCCAAACCAGGCUGAUCUGUUUUCCGGUUUGCAGCAAAAACAAAGAUGUUUUGUCCAUGUCAAAACUAUGGGAAGAAUCAAAGGCAUCAGAAAGAAGUUCCAUUUUGUAUUCCAGCCUGGAAGACCUAUUAAUCAUAAACAAGGGCUCAUGGCCUUAAAUAUAUACAGGAAAGGGGCUAUUCUUUUCUGUAUGAUUUUGGCAGCAACCAUUUUAAUCUCAAAAUCACUGUUGUAGCCGAUAAUAUAGUACAUGGUCAUUGUGUUUUUAAUAAAUCCAGAAAGCCCUGUUGCAAAAGUGUGCAAUAUCACUUAAGCCAGCACAGAAUAGUUGUGAAAGCAACUUGUGUAGUACGUGGUAUAGACUCAAUAAAGCAUAGUGCAUGUGAGAAACACACCUCUGUUUCCUUCAUAUGAAAACCAACCCUCCUCUGACCUAGAAUAAAUUGUGAGCUGGUAAAAAUGAAA